AUGGAAUUUAAUUUCAAGGGAGGGGUGCAGGGUAAGGAAGCAAGUGCUAUUCAAGUUCCGAUUGACCAACCAAAAGUUGAUGCACAACCAGGUGGAGUUGCAGGACCUUCAUCUGCAUUCUCAUCUAGUGGCUUGGCUGGUGGGUAUGCUUUUGGAUUGCCACCAACAGGUAGAGAGGAGAAAAGAGAUGGAUGUAUUUUUACAAGCAAGCAAGAUGGUGUUGGAUCACCCUUUGUUGAAUCUAAAACUCCAAAUCUGAAAGGAAAUCUAUUCUCUGGCUUAAAUCAGAAAGUGGAAAUCAGCGCGAAGUUUAAAGACUCAAAAGGAAAGAAGAAAGAGGAAAGUUGAAACAACCAACCAAAGUCCAUCUAUGGCCUGGACAAG